AUGAUAUCUAGGAAAGAUUUGAUUUCAUGGGAUUCUAUUUUGGAUGCCUUUGGAGAGAAGAGGCAUCAUUCAAGAUUUAUCAGCCUGUUACAUUUGAUGCUUAGAAUAGGAAUUAGACCCGAUUACGUUACAAUAUUAACUAUAAUCCAUUUUUGUGCUUCUCUUUUGAGAGUUGAAAAGGUGAUAGAAAUACACGGAUAUUCAAUUAGUACUGAAUCUUUAUUUAGUGCUACUGCACCAACGGUUGGGAAUGCAAUACUUGAUGCAUAUUCCAAGUGUGGUAACAUUGAGUAUACAAAUAAAAUAUUUCAGAAUCUAUCAGGGAAAAGGAAUCUGGUCACUCAUGCCGGACGCAUAGAUGAAGGACUGAGGAUAUUUGACUCCAUAGAGAAAAUCCAUGCUAUGAAACCAACUAUGGAACAGUGUGCUUGUGUGGUGGAUCUCCUAGCACGAGGUGGCCGCGUUAGUGAAGCAUAUUCUUUUGUGACCAAGAUGACAAUUGAAGCUAAUGCAUAUACAAGCGGGACAAAGUUUGAAUCGUCACAAAAGAUGAGUAUAACUCCAGCUUCAAAGGAAAUCGUUGGUUCGUCUGCAAGGCUGCUAAAUAGUUUAGUGUCACCAAGAUUUUACCAGCACUACAAACAUAAUGAAGAACAGUUUUGGAAGAUACAACAAAAUUACACUCCCUUUUCCACCAUUGAUGUGGGGUUUGUGCCAUGA